GUUCUUGGAAAAUAGUUCGACGUGUGCGAGUUUAGAAGUUGGAGUGUGUUUGUGAUAAAGUUAUUAUUUAUCGCACGCGUGGAUGUCUGUUUUAUUGUAAUUAAUUUCAAGUGAAAUUUACAAGAAGUGCCCCUAGAUUUGGAUUUCAGUCAAGUUAUGAAAGAUAAGAGUGUAAACGAUGUCAAAUUUUUCCAACCAAGAGAGCACGGCGAAUGUUCCCCAGGCGGUCCCGCAGUCGUCACAAUGUUCCACAUACACAUUUCCUGAAGUUAGAUCUCCAGAGACUCGUGGUCAUCUACGCAGCAUCAGUCAUGGGGGCAACACCUCGCUGGGCGGCAGCAACUCCGCAGGCAUCGUGGGACGGCCAUCAGCUCUGAAAGGAGGUCGAGGUCACCAGCGUGCCUUUUCUCAAGGACAAAUCACCUCCGAUCCUGCUCGUCCUGGCCACAGUAGAGUGGGCUCCAAAACCGACUUUAUCUUGCCUCCAGGACACAAGGAUUCGGACAAUGUCAGUGGUAGUGCAUCGAAAGUUUCGGCGAAAGGCCACAGCAGGCAAGCCUCUAGAUCUGAAAGUAUUUAUACACUGAGGAGGACGGCGCCACCACCAUUAUGGAGACGGAUGCUGAGUAUCCUGCUCAGGCGAUCGCACAAAUCAGAACCAGAAGAAAGGUACAGGACAGUGGUCCCCAAUCAUCUGGUACCUCCCAAAACGCCCCGCAAGGAGCACCCCAACGGAAAGCGCCCCAAUAAUAAAAUAAGGACUACAAAAUAUACUUUAUUAUCGUUUUUGCCGCGGAAUUUAUUAGAACAGUUUCAUAGAGUAGCUAAUUUGUAUUUCAUUUUUAUCGUGUUGCUCAAUUGGUUUCCCGCAAUCAACGCGUUCGGAAAAGAGAUUGCGAUGAUACCAGUAAUGUUCGUGCUCGGAGUGACGGCUGUGAAGGAUUUGUUCGAGGAUCGCCGAAGGCACGCUAGCGACAAACGAAUUAACAACUCGACUUGCAGGAUCUACCAAAGUGAAGCGGCCCGAUACAAAAAGGUCCUGUGGAAAGAGGUACGAGUGGGCGAUUUGAUUCAUUUAUCAAAUAACGAAAUUGUACCUGCCGACAUUUUAUUAUUACGUUCAAGCGACCCCAGCGGUUUGUGUUACAUCGACACAGGUCACUUAGAUGGAGAAACUAAUUUAAAACAACGUCAAGUAGCUCGAGGAUUUGCAACAAAACAAGACGUAUUUGAACCUAGCAAAUUUCGCAGCCGAGUUGAAGUCGAGGCUCCGACAACGAAAAUUUACAGAUUUCAUGGCGCCAUCAUUCAUCCUUCCGGCGAAAGGGUGCCAGUUGGUACGGAAAAUAUAUUGCUCAGGGAGUGCCUUCUCAAAAACACUGAUUACGUGGAGGGAAUUGUCGUUUAUGCGGGUCAUGAAACUAAAGCUAUGCUCAAUAACGGGGGACCACGAUACAAAAGGUCUUCCUUGGAACGCCAGAUGAAUCAAGACGUUCUCUGGUGCGUUCUUAUUUUAAUCCUGUUGUGCCUCAUAGGUGCCAUAGGGUGCAAACUUUGGUUAAACAUCUUCAAUAAUUUGGAAUCACCAUUCAGGACUGACCACUCAGAAGGCAUAGAGGCGUUUCUUGCCUUUUGGACGUACAUCAUCAUUUUACAGAUAAUGAUUCCCUUAUCAUUGUACGUUACCCUUGAAAUGUGCAAGAUUAUCCAAGUUUAUCAUAUCCACCACAACGUUGAUCUUUACGAUUGCAUGAUGGACAAACGUACCGAAUGUCGUGCACUCAAUAUCACAGAAGAAUUGGGUCAAAUCCAGUAUAUUUUCUCAGAUAAAACAGGGACUCUGACGGAAAACCGAAUGAUUUUUCGUCGUUGUGCCAUAGCCGGUGUCGACUAUAACCAUCCGAAAAUGGAAGACGAAGGCAAAAACGGUAAACUCGGAUCCUUGAGUGUUCUUGUUAACCCUCGAUUAAUCAGUGACCUUAAUCAACUCGGCCCUGUCACUGAACAAAUUUAUACUUCGCGACAAGCACACACCGCAAAAAUUCAGGAAUUUCUUCUUUUACUAGCUCUUUGCAACACUGUAGUGUGUUCCCGUCAUCCGCAUUACGAUCUCAUGAACGCUUCGGGCCUGAUUGAAGCUGUACCGAGCUCUUUUGACCAAUCCGACGCAUCUGACAAAUACACCAGACUCGAAGAAUCCAGAUCGGUUACACCUUCGCCGCCUCUAAAUUUUUUAGAACCUAGAUCUCCAAGCGUGCCAUUAGAUGAUAGUUCUUUAGAGACGGAAGUGAAGAGACCGAAACUGCUCAAUAUUCCGCUUUUAGGGAAGAAGCAAGGGAGCAACACCAAUUUGACUGAUGAGCAAAAGGCCAAACUGAGAUCGUCGACGCCUAGUCCGCACGAUUUGAAACCGAUUUUUGAGGCCGAAAGCCCCGACGAAUUGGCUUUAGUGGAUGCUGCUUAUAAUUAUUCUUGCAAACUGGCGAAACGAACCCCUACGUCGGUUUGCAUCGACUAUUUUGAUGAAGGAAAAUUGAAUUUCGAAAUUUUGGAUAUCUUACCUUUCGAUUCAAAUAGGAAGAGGAUGUCGGUGAUAGUCAAACAUCCAGUUACUGGGGAAAUCGUGUUAUAUUGUAAAGGUGCAGAUUCUACGAUUUUUCCGCAUUUAGCUCCCGUGGAGGACGAUUCGGAACAAAAAGCCAUCGUCAAUAAGACUCAACAACAUGUCAAUAACUACUCUAAGGACGGCUUGCGAAUUCUAUUGAUGGCUAAACGUGUUCUAACCCCUCAGGAAUACUCCGACUGGAGUCAAAAACAACAAGAUAUUAACUUGUCGUUGGAUAAUCUUGACCGGAGAAUUCAGGAAAACUACUCGCGAAUCGAAUGCAACUUGACUUUGUUAGGAGCCACCGGUAUCGAAGAUAGACUGCAAGAAGGAGUUCCUGAGACGCUAUCCGCACUAAUGUCCGCAGGUAUUGUCGUUUGGGUUCUAACCGGAGAUAAACCGGAAACCGCCAUAAACAUCGCCUACUCUUCAAAACUCUUUUCUCCACACAUGGAGCUCCUCAAAUUGAUGACCCGAUCUAAAGAAACAGCCGAAAGCACGAUUCAGUUCUACUUGUCUGAAAUCGAAAAUGCCGAAUCUAGUAUACAAACAGUAUUACCAACCGCUAGCAAUUCCAGACGUCAGCUUAACCGAUCUGGUCCAAAGAAUCGCAGCAAAGCACUAGUCAUAGAUGGAAAAACUCUCACGUUCAUUUUAGACCGUCGUUCUAACUUGACCAAACCUUUCCUUCGACUCACGGGCCACUGCAGUUCAGUUUUGUGCUGCCGAGCCACUCCACUUCAGAAAGCCUACAUAGUCAGGGUAGUGAAGGAGGAACUGAAAAUGCGAACUCUCGCCAUCGGCGAUGGAGCGAACGACGUCUCGAUGAUACAAACUGCCGAUGUGGGAAUAGGAAUUUCCGGCCAGGAGGGAAUGCAAGCGGUAAUGGCGGCUGAUUUUGCUCUAUCGAGGUUCAAAUUCUUGGAGAGGUUGCUGCUGGUACAUGGACAUUGGAGUUAUGAUAGACUGUCACGGAUGGUGCUGUAUUUUUUCUAUAAGAAUGCAGCGUUUGUGUUCUUAGUGUUUUGGUUCCAACUGUAUAAUGGAUUUUCGGGUUCUGUUAUGAUUGAUCAGAUGUAUCUGAUGUUGUAUAACCUUCUCUUCACCUCGUUGCCACCACUUACAAUCGGUGUGUAUGAUCAAGAUGCGCCUGAAGAAUUGUUACGAGACAAACCUUAUUUGUAUCGUCAAGGUCGCCUAUCGAAAGUCUACAAAACAUAUUCCUUCUGGCUAACAAUGGCAGACGCAGUUUAUCAAAGUCUUUGCGUCUUUUUCAUCUGUCAAGGAACGUACGCGGACUCAGACAUAGACCUAUUCGAAUUUGGGACCACUGCAACAACUGCCUGCAUGUUUGUCAUGUUACUACACGUAGCAAUCGAAAUACGAUCAUGGACAAUAAUCCAUCUGGGUGCAAUCGUCUUCUCCAUCGGUGCAUUUUAUGUCUACUCGUUCCUAUACAACUCACUAUGUGUUAAUUGUUUCGGAUUACCUAGCACAUAUUGGAUAAUACAAAGAUCGACGAGUCGACCGACUUAUUGGUUGGUUACUUUACUCUCUUGUGUCGUCGCAUUGUUGCCGAGGUACGUUUUCCGAGUAAUGCAGACACUGAUGGCGCCCGAUGACGUGACGAGAGCUAUAAUUUCGUAUCGCCGAGCUAGUAGAAGAGGUGAGGGCUUUCUCGUAUCUUGGUCAAGGUCUACAUCUACAUCUUCCAUAUACAGAACCACAGAUACAAGGCCUAAGAAUAACGCUAUAACAGCUGUGGGAUAACGACAACGUGGCCUUAACUGAGAAAUUUACAGUGUUAAUCGAGAUAAACUUGCAUUUUACAGGCUGUGAUGCGUAUAAAUAAGGGACCAAUUAAGUUAUUUAAUUCUUCAGUUUUCGUUAUGUCUACGUACAACCUGUUUUACCAUUUGUAAAGUAUAAGUGAAGCAAUGUUUUUGUGCCAUUGUUUUCUUUUAAUUUGAUUACAACUAUUUAUGUACUUACAUUUUAUUAGGUGAGCUACAAUACUUGCAGUUACCAAACCUUUAGUAGAAUUCUUUUUUGUUUCUUUGUUAUACAAAUGUAUGUUCCUGAUAUAUUUUUUUAACUUGCCAAAUGAGUUCAUAGCACAAUCUUUAAUGUAAUUUAGUUAUUUUUUGAUGCGAUUUUUUUAAAUAUCCAUGACUGUGAAACUCUAUUUUUAGUAUUCUAAGGUGCUAACUCUACAGUGUGUAUUUCUAAAAGGCAACGAUUGAACAUCUCGCGUUUGUUUAGUCGCUUAUUUUGUACACUUUUAAGUAAUUUAACACUUUUAUAGUUUUCCACCAUUGCCUUACUAUAAAAUCUUUUUACAUAGACUGUGUGAUGUUAACAUGAUGUUGAUUUUAUAUAGUAUAAUCAAAAUGUUAUGAAACAGAUUAUUUUAGAAAUGAUUUAAUAAAUAAAUAUAUUUAUGUAUAGCCAAAACACUAUCAGUAUUAAACUUCGCAUAAGAUGUCACUCUUUGGUCUAUACUCUAUAAGAAUUACGAAAUUAAUUUUUAAAUUUAACCUGUAAUUUGUUUAAUUCGUCAGUACUUAACUCUGAUUUACGUUUAGAUCGAUCUUUUUAAUAAAUGCCGAGAUUGAAGAGUGUAUUUUUCAACAAAAUUAAACUAACAACCAGCACAUUUUACCAGCGUAUAAAACAUUGUAACAACCUAUCAAGUUAAUUAAGACCACUGGCGAAUUUUGCACAGGUCGGGUAAUACUAGAAAUACCAAGAUGAUUUCUUCAUUCCUCCGCAUGUACCAUAUGAUGUCAAAGACCCAAUAGCAGAACAGAGAAAAAUAUAUAAAAAUUAAAAAAGA